AUGGUCAACUUUUUAGAUCCCAACCCUUUCGCUGAUCCAGAGGAUGCUGAUAUUGUCGUCGAGGCCAAGAAGAUGAUAGUUGAGCCAACUGAGUACUCGUAUACCGAGGCAUGUCGCGAUGUUAUACUCUACAAUCUGGGAAUAGGUGCUACAGAAAAGGAGCUUAAAUGGACCUUUGAGGGAGACGAAGAAUUUAGCGCAAUCCCGACGUUCGGUGUCAUUCCCCAGUUUCUUGCCAGCAGUGGUUUCCCUUCAGAUUGGCUUCCAGACUACAACCCUGCCAAGUUACUCCAUGGCGAGCAGUUCCUCAGCAUCAAAGCACCGAUCCCCACUAGCGGUGAACUUGUCACUCGAGUCCGCUUACUCGAGGCCUUGGAUAAGGGAAAGGCGGCUGCUGUCACCACUAUCAAUGAAACCCGAGACAAACAUACCGGAGCCCUCAUAUUCGAGAAUCAAUCUACCGUCUUCAUUCGUGGUUCUGGCCGCUUUGGUGGAAAGCGCGUAGGGAAAGACCGAGGACCAGCUACCGCCGCGAAUGCGAUACCAAAACGGGCUCCAGAUACUGUCUUGGAAGAGAAAACGACCCCAACGCAGGCCGCUUUGUACCGAUUGAGUGGCGACAUGAACCCACUACAUAUUCUUCCCGAAUUCGCUGCGAUUGGUGGAUUCGACCGGCCUAUUCUACAUGGGCUUUGCUCAAUGGGCAUAUCCGGUAAACAUGUACUGAAGACGUUCGGUCCUUUCAAGGACAUCAAAGUUAGAUUCGCAGGCGUCGUUUACCCGGGCGAGACACUAGUGACGUUAAUGUGGAAGGAGGGUCCCAAGGUCGUGUUCUUAACCAAGGUGAAAGAAAGAGACAGUGUUGUCCUUGCAUCUGCUGGUGUAACAUUGGUGGAUGAUUCAGAGAGAGCGAAGUUAUGAUCAUGAAAUAAGAUAAUGUCGUACGGAAACUCCUGGGGACUACGUGACUGUAUGAGAACAUUACAAAAUGUAGUGAGCGUAAAGACUAGGAAUAUACACAUCAAGUGGUCCAAUGUCUCAACCCUAUUUUCAUAAUAUUAUUGUUAAAAAAUAAUGGCCGGUCCUACACCGGUGCUCACUCUACUUAGUAUCUGUAGGAAUAUAGCUAGUCAAGUAGUACAUUGCGUUAAGAGGCCACCGGAGGGAUCAAUUCCUGGAGGACCGUU